AUGCAAGCUGAAAUAAAACAUAUUAAGGAAAAGUAUGCUACCUCUGAAGAUAUAUGUGAUUUGAAGUUGGAAGUGGAAUUAUUAAAAUCAUCAUCGACAUCUUUAAAUCAUUCUAAAAAACUUGAGGGUAAUAAACAAAAAGUACCGGAUUCGUGUGGCGGUCGAUCAGCUGAGUAUUCCGUUGCAGCGGCGAUAAGCGCGGAGGACAAAGCCGUUAGGACCGUGACUCAUCACACACCUGAGCGUAGCGGUCAAGCGAGUAAAUCGUUACAUACGGACGCCGGGAACAAAAUAAAUAAUGCAUUUCGAGAAACAUUUUCGCAUGUGUUGCAAAAUGAAAAUAAAACACAAAAUUUUGGUACAAAUGAAUGGACGGUCUUUAAACGAAAGAAAAAGUUAGCCUACAAUAGAUUUGCUGGCAAUCGAGGAGUAGCGACUACUAAACCGGAAGCUAAGUUUAAGGCAGCACAGUGUAAAUUGGUCCAUGGAAAGCCAAGGCACAGCCAAAGUCAAGGAUCUGUUGAAAGGGCUAAUCAAGACAUCGAGAAAAAGUUAGCUUCAUGGAUGCAAGAUAACAAUACUACAAAUUGGUCGAAUGGUAUUCGGUUUGUACAGUUUAUGAAAAAUCGGGCACUUCACUCGGGUAUCAAACAAUCACCAUACAAAGCAAUGUUUGGUAUAGAACCGCGAAUAGGGCUUAUGACUUCGACUUUGCCUCGAGAUGUUAUUGAGGAUAUACGAGAUGAAGAUGAUCUAGAAAAUGCGUUAAAUAAAAUAAAUAUGACGGAUAGUACAGAUACUGCAGAAACUGAGCCUGUAGCUAGUUGUAGUGGAGAGCAUCAGAUUAUAACUGGAGGCAAACAAAAAGCCGCAGAGAGUUCAUCCAAAACAAGUGAAGAAUCACCAGUCGAAGUAGAAGCCAGUCAAUAUGAUAUUGAAGCUGGAGCAUCUACGGCUGAAGAGCCUCUAAUAAUACCACCAAAUGACAAAGACAUCGAAGUUAUUACAAAUGUGAAUCAACAAAUAAUGACAUCCAGAGAAGCGGCACAUCAAAACUUAAAAAAACAGGCCAUCAGAAUGACAUUAGCUUCAGAUAAAAUACACGUUCCAGUAGAAAUCGGCGAUAAUGUAAUUAUACAAAUCCCAGAUGUCGACAGAGCAAAAGCAAAUCUACGUAAUAUAGUCGGAGUGGUUCUUCAAAAGGAUGAUCAGGGUUUUCACAAGAUUGGAACGAAAUAUGGAAUGCUCGACAAAUUAUAUUGCAUGUCAGAAUUGGACAAGUGCAAAGAAAAAUUUUUGCAUGAAGAAGACGUUCCAAAUACAAGUUUACCUUUAAGAACUGUUGCUAGGGAAAUACAAACUUUACUAUUUACCAGGACAUCAAGUAAUCAUACAGCUGUGUACCCGAGGUAUACCAGUAGCGAAAGGGACUUCAGGACCAAACGUGGAGGGAUAUUGGCCUGUGGCAAUAUUAUCGACACCUGCUAA